AGUAUAAAGGUCACUGUUGUGUGUUGUCGCUCAAAAUGGCGUCCACCAUUACUGUUUUUAGCAAACUUCGCUUAUUAUCAAAUGUUCCACGUACGCUCAAUUUUACUAGAUCUAGUUACAGACUUCUCAGCAGUGCCUCUCAUAGUGCGCCACAAGGCCCUGAGGAUGAACUGCAUUUAAAUUAUCUAGAAGGAGAACAAAAGGGAAUAGCUGUGGUGUCAAUGAGAAGGUUCCGUUAUAAAAAUGCCAUGGGCAAAAACAUUAUACAGAAGUUUAUAGAUGCGAUGCAAGAGCUAAAAUUUCAAGACAAGGUCAGAGUUGCCAUCAUUCGUAGUGAAGUACGUGGAGUUUUUUGUGCUGGAGCUGACCUUAAAGAACGACUUCAGAUGACCAAUCAGGAGGUCAACUUGUUUGUUUCCAAGUUGCGCUAUACAAUAUCUGAGCUGCAAAAUCUACCGAUGCCAACCAUUGCUGCCCUUGAUGGUGCAGCUCUUGGUGGAGGCUUAGAAAUGGCCUUAGGAUGUGAUCUGCGAGUAGCUGCCUCAAAUGCCAAAUUAGGCUUGAUAGAAACAAGUCUGGCUAUAAUACCUGGUGCUGGUGGAACUCAGAGGCUACCACGUAUUAUUGGCCCAGCUUUGGCCAAAGAACUGAUUUUUACAAGCCGGGUCUUGGAUGGAAAUCAGGCCAAACAGUAUGGUGUAGUUAACCAUAGUGUAGAACAGAAUAGCAGUGGUGAUGCAGCUUACCUUCGGGCUAUAGAACUAGCUGAGGAAAUUCUUCCACAGGGUCCAAUUGCUUUAAGAAUGGCUAAAGCUGCUAUAAACAGGGGAAUUGAGGUUGAAAUUGAGGCAGGAAUGAAAUAUGAAGAAGCUUACUAUGCUCAAGUUGUGCCAACAAAGGACAGAAUAGAAGGGUUGGUUGCCUUUAAAGAAAAACGACCUCCUAAAUAUGAAGGACAUUAGUUGCGUGACCUCUCCUCUUCUCCUACAAAUAUAUAAUCUACUUAAUUAAAUUAAAUUGAAAGAACUUGAAUAUUUUGGCUGGGAUUUGUAAACCUUUGUACUGUAUUGCUUGCUUUUCAUUGAAUUUACAAUGCAUUAUUUCAUAUUCAUUAACCAUAAUGUAUCAAGUACAUUUGAGCUGAAAUCCAUUCUAAUUGUUAUCCUUUAAAAUACUCAGUUAUAAAAAAAUAUAACUCCUAACAGCUGAAUAAUAAAAAUAUACUUUAUUUUACCCCUUUAUUUAUUAAAAAAAUUUUUUUUAUUUGGUAUGUUUCGCAUGUUCUAAUUUUUCCUCAAAUAAUUAUGCAGAGUUUUUACAAAAUUACUUGAACAUUAAAACAUCACUUAUAAAGUUUAUCUGUUUAUCACAAUACUGUUUUUGUCUUUGUUUUUAUGUUCAUAAAACUAAAUAUCUAGACAGAUUUUUGUGAUAAAUUUUGAUAUGAUAUUGUUGACCUCCCAUUUAUUUAGCUGAACAGAUGUGAUACGUUGUAAGAUGUUUGCUUGAACUGUUGCUUUUUUUUUAUGAAUGUUUUUUUUUAUUGGAGACUACACAUGUUAUUUAAAUUUGUUGAAUAAACUUGCAUUUAUUUAUUUA